UCGCGAGACUUGGAGGCUAUAUAAGGCGGAGCGGGAGCGGCACCGCCCCCUUCCUGUCCCGCGGAGCCGCCAUGGACACGAGCCGCGUGCAGCCCAUCAAGCUGGCCAGGGUGACCAAGGUGCUGGGCCGGACCGGCUCCCAGGGGCAGUGCACGCAGGUGCGCGUGGAGUUCAUGGACGACACGAGCCGCUCCAUCAUCCGCAACGUGAAGGGCCCGGUGCGAGAGGGAGAUGUCCUCACCCUGCUGGAGUCCGAGCGUGAGGCCCGAAGGCUGCGCUGAGCCGGUGGGUGCCCCCCUCCCCUGUAUUGAGCUGGUGCUGAAGACUUGUCCCAUGUACUCAGAGCCACCAGCAUGCAUCAUCUCAGCUGGACGUGGGGCACAGAUGGAGAGGAGCGUGGAGUUUGUGUUGUUCACACAAUAAAGGUUUUUUUUUUCCAGUA